AUGAAUAUCAUUAACAAAGACAGCGUUUAUCUGGCGUAUCUUCCCUUGGCUCAUAUCUACGAAGUGAUGUGUGAGAUAUUGUUCUUGGGAAUGGGAGUUGGCAUCGGUUAUUCUUCUUCGCUUACCAUGUCGGAUAAGUCUCCGGGGAUCGAAACGGGUACCUGUAAAGGAGAUAUCAGUGUACUCAGACCAACUUGCAUGAGUUGUGUUCCUUUAGUACUGGACAGAAUUCGAAAGUCGAUAUUAGAAGCGGUGGAUGCCAAGGGAACCAUCUUCCGAAUCUUCUUCAAUUUCGCCAUUAAAUAUAAGUCUUUUUGGAAGAAGAAUGGCUUCCAGACUACCAUCUUAAACAGCUUAGUACAUUAUCCUAACCCAAGUUUUGUCCGUUAUAGAUUUAAUUACUUUCACCCAUGGACUGUAAAAGAAUCCGAGGACCCAAGGUUAUCGUGGCAACACCAAGAUGGUCUUGGGUCCUCUGUUAAACAGUAGAAUUUCGAUUAUCUAAGAUUG